ACACCAGUCCCAACUACCACGUCUGAAACCCCACACUACAAUAAAUUCCAGAAACCGAAUUCGAAGAAAAACACAAGGAGAUAAUAAUGCCGACCCCCGAGUCCGAAGCCUUCAAGGCACAAAAGCCAACUGUGCCACCGACCUUUGACGGCGUCGACUACGACGACACGGUCGCGUUCAAGGCCGCGCAGGACGCCAUCAUUCGCGAACAAUGGGUCAAGAGCAUGAUGGCGCGGCUGGUGCGCGAGGAGAUGAGCAAAUGCUAUUAUCGCGAGGGCGUCAAUCAUUUGGAGAAAUGCGGACGGUUGAGAGAUCGAUACUUUGAGUUGCUCAAGGAAGCAAAAGUCAAGGGACCUAGAUUCGAGCAGCAGAAUUAUAUUCCAAAGUAGACGUUAUCUCAUACUUGCAUUGUCACCAGGUCUCUUUCUCUCCCAGUCUCCUACCUUCCUAGCUUCCCGACUUCCCAGCUUUCUGCAUCAACUCCAUCAGUAAUUUUUCUGAUAUGGCAUCAUGUACCUUAUAACCCGGCGUCCGCUUUAGACGUGUAUUCUCCAAUUUAUUCUAGUCUACAAAACUCAUUAACG